CAGAGCCCACCAUGGCGGAGCAGCGUCUUCCGGUGCCUCGGCUUCGGGGCGUCACGCGGGAGCAGUUCAUGGAGCAUCUCUACCCACAGAGAAAGCCUCUGGUGUUAGAAGGACUUGAUUUGGGGUCUUGUACAAGCAAGUGGACAGUGGAUUACCUGAGCCAAGCUGGAGGGACGAAAGAAGUGAAGAUUCACGUUGCUGCAGUUCCACAGAUGGACUUCAUCAGUAAGAACUUUGUGUAUAGAACUUUACCAUUUAACAAGUUGGUCCAGAGAGCUGCUGAAGAAACUCAUAAAGAAUUCUUUAUUUCAGAGGAUGAAAAAUACUACUUACGAUCACUUGGAGAAGACCCUAGGAAGGAUGUUGCAGAUAUCAGACAGCAGUUUCCAUCAUUAGGAAGAGAUAUUAAGUUUCCAAUGUUCUUUGAAGAGGAACAAUUCUUUUCCAGUGUCUUUCGAAUUAGUUCACCUGGAUUGCAACUCUGGACUCAUUAUGAUGUAAUGGAUAACUUUUUAAUACAAGUGACAGGAAAAAAGCGAGUUAUUCUGUUCAAUCCUCGAGAUGCACACUAUUUAUAUUUAUCAGGUUCUAAAUCGGAAGUGCUUGAUAUUGACAGCCCUGAUCUGGAUAAAUACCCACUCUUCCCUAAGGCGAGGAGGUAUGAGUGUUCCCUUGAAGCUGGUGAUGUUCUGUUCAUUCCUGCUUUAUGGUUCCAUAAUGUAAUUUCUGAAGAGUUUGGAGUGGGAGUGAAUGUCUUUUGGAAGCACCUUCCAUCGGAAUGCUAUGACAAAACAGAUACCUAUGGCAACAAAGAUCCUGUAGCAGCAUCCAGAGCUGUGCAAAUCUUGGACAGAGCUUUAAAAACACUGGCUGAACUACCAGAGGAAUACAGGGACUUCUAUGCACGCCAAAUGGUCUUGCGCAUUCAAGACAAAGCCUACAGCAAGAACUUUUAAGUAAAAUCUCUUCUCUCUUCUUAGCUUUUUGACUAAGAUCAAGUGUAGAACUUCAAAAAAAAAAAAAAAAAAAUGAAAUGUAGUAAAAAUUUCAAAAUAAAUUAAAAUCAGCUCCAGUAUUUGAAAAUUAUACAAGAUAUAAACAUUUAAAGAUACUUUUUAGAAGUAAAUCAGUCUCAGAUUCAUGGUAUAAAGGAGGUAUGGACUGAGAAUGCUUAGUGGAACCAUUUUUAAGCUCUAAGAUGUAAAUAACUUAAAAUGUAUUCAGUCACACUACAUGAAGUCUACUGAUGGAUGUCCUUCUUUAGUCUUUGUAGUGAUUCAGCAGUGCC